UCCUAGAGAGAGAAACAGAAGAAGGCAAAGAGGAGAAAGACGAAGAAGGAAGGAGAUAGAUAACGAUAUUAGGAAACCCUAGGAGGAGAAAGAGAAUCAGAAUAACUUGUUGUAGAGAGGGAAACAGAGAGGAGAGAGAGAGUUUCUUCUUCUUCUUCUUCUUCUUCUUCUGUUCUUCCUCUUCUUCUUGCUGAUCUGAUUUCGGAGAAGAAAAUCCAACGCGGUUCGCUUUUCUGCUUCAGAUUCUUGUCGGAGAGGGAUAUCGGAUUGCCGUUCGGUUGAGACGGCGGGCUUGUUGUUGGGCAGGGCGGGGAGUUUUAGGGAGAUCCGGAGGCGGCGACGGUUGAUUUUGGGAGUUUUUGUUAGGGUUUGUGAGGAGGAAGGUUUUUGAUUGGGGGGCGGGGCCGUGGCUGCCCAUGCGAUUGUGUUUGUUUUGAUGCCGCCUGAACGAUUGCCUUGGGAUCGGAAGGACUUCUUCAGGGAGAGGAAGUACGAGAGGUCGGAGUCCGUUGGCUCCGUCGCCAGAUGGAGGGACUCAUCCCAUCACGGUUCCCGCGACCUCAAUCGCUGGGGAUCUGCAGAUUUUCGGAGACCUUUAGGUCAUGGUAAGCAGGGUGGUUGGCACUUUUUCCCUGAGGAGUCUGGCCAUGGGUAUGCACCUUCUCGGUGCAGUGAGAAGGUGCUGGAAGAUGAGAACUACCGGUCUUCUAUUUCGCGCCGGGAAGGGAAAUAUGGCAGGAAUAGUAGAGAAAAUAGAGGGUCUUACAACCAAAGAGAAUGGAGAGGUCACUCUUGGGAAAGCAAUGGGUUUUCAAACACGCCAGGAAGAGCACACGAUCUGAACAAUGAACUAAAGUCACGUGAUGAAAUGCCAGCAUAUUCGUCUCAUUCGAAUGGUGGCUUUGGGAACACGUGGGAUCAGAUUCAGUUGAAAGACCAACAUGAUAGAAUCGGUGGCUCUAAUGGGUUGGUCACAGGCCAGAAAUGUGACAGGGAGAAUUCUCUGGGCUUGAAUGAUUGGAAGCCUAUCAAGUGGACUCGAUCUGGAAGCUUGUCUUCACGAGGUUCGGGUUUCAGCCAUUUGAGUAGCUCUAAGAGUGUUGGGGCUAUAGAUUUAAGUGAAGCAAAGGUUGAAUCUCAGACUAAAAAUGUUACUCCAGUCCAGUCUCCCUUGGGGGAUGCUAAUGCUUGUGUGACAUCCGCCGCACCUUCGGAUGAGACAAAUUCUCGGAAGAAACCACGCCUUGGAUGGGGUGAGGGGUUGGCAAAGUAUGAGAAAAAGAAAGUCGAUGGUCCUGAGGUUAUCUUGAACAAAGAUGAGACUGUAUUUGCUGUCAGCAAUGUGGAACCUUCCCAUUCUUUCAGUUCCAAUUUGGUUGAUAAAAGUCCACGAGUUACAAGUUUUUCAGAUUGUGCAUCCCCUGCUACUCCAUCAUCUGUUGCUUGCAGUUCCUCACCAGGUGUUGAGGAGAAGUCAUUUGGUAAGGCAGCGAAUAGCGAUAAUGAUAUUAGUAAUUUAUGUGGCUCACCUGGUCCUGUGGCUCAGAACCCUUGUGAAGGAUCCCCCUUUAAUUUAGAGAAAUUGGAUUUUAGCUCAGUGGCUAACUUGGGGCCAUCAUUAACUGAGUUGCUACAAUUAGAUGAUCCGAAUUCAAUGGACUCUAGUUUUGUGAGGUCUACUGCAAUGAAUAAGUUGCUUAUAUUGAAGGGUGAAAUUUCAAAGACACUGGAGGUGACUGAAUCUGAAAUUGAUUCACUUGAAAAUGAACUCAAGUCAUUGAACUCCAUUCCUCGAAGCAGUUCUCCAUCAGCUUCCAGUUCUUUGCCUCUGGAGAACAAAUUAAAAUCAAGCGAGGAUCUAGAUAUUACCAAUUCGGUUCCUCGUCCGGCUUUAUUGCAUAUUGUUUCUUCCAGGGAUGCAGUUGUGGAGGAGAUACCUAUUUGCAAUGGCCGCGAGGAAGAAAUUCGCACAAAUAAUAAAGACGAGGAUGUUGAUAGUCCUGGAACUGUGACGUCGAAGUUUGUUGAGCCUCUGUCUUUGGCAAAGAAAGUUUCUUCUUUUGACAUGUUGAAUCAUGUUGCAGAGGACUUGAAUCACAAUCAGUUGUUGAACAAGGAGGUGCAAUGCGCAGUGCAUUCGGGAGGGGGAAAAACUGGUCCUUCCACUUAUGCGGAUGAUGGUAUUCUGACAGAGGUUGAAACAAUUGCACCUAUCUCCAAUUGUAUGGGUUCAUGUACUGAAGGAGAAGAUAUGUUGCAUGGCGCAAUUUUGUUGUGCAAUAAAGAAUUAGCAAAAACAGCACAUGAAGUAUUUAAGAAGCUAUUGCCGAAAGUUGAUGUUAAAUUAGAUUUUUGUAGAUUUGAUAGUGCCUCGUCCUCACAGCAUCAUACACUUGUUAAAGACAAAUUUGCAAUGAGGAAGCGGUUUUUAAAGUUUAAGGAGAGAGUUAUAACCAUGAAGUUCAAAGCCUUUCAACACCUCUGGAAGGAAGACAUGCGUUUGCUAUCUAUAAGGAAAUACCGUGCCAAAUCACAGAAAAAAUUUGAAUUAAGCUUGCGGUCAGUGCAUAAUGGGUAUCAGAAGCAUCGAUCUUCCAUCCGUUCUCGUUUUUCUUCACCUGCAGGCAAUCUGAGUUUAGUGCCUACAACAGAAAUUAUCAAUUUUGCAAGUCAGUUGCUGUCUGAUCCGCAAGUCAAGAUUUAUAGGAACAGCUUAAAGAUGCCUGCCCUAAUUUUGGACAAAAAGGAGAAGAUUAUGUCGAGGUUCAUCUCUAGUAAUGGAUUAGUUGAGGAUCCCCUCGCUGUUGAGAAGGAAAGGGCUUUGAUUAACCCUUGGACACCUGAAGAGAAAGAGAUUUUUAUGGAUAAGCUGGCCUCCUGUGGGAAGGAUUUCAAAAGAAUUGCUUUUUUUCUUGAACACAAGACAACCGCAGACUGUGUUGAGUUUUACUACAAAAAUCACAAGUUUGCCUGUUUUGAGAAAACAAAGAAGUUGGAUAUUGGUAAGCAGGAGAAGUCCUUAUCUAAUGCGAGCUAUUUAAUUCCAUCCGGGAAAAAAUGGAAUCGUGAGAGGAAUGCGGCUUCCCUUGAUAUUCUGGGUGCAGCUUCAGCUAUGGCAGCCAAUGCUGAUGCUAACAUGAGAAGUCGACAGACGUGUUCUGGAAGGUUGAUUUUGGGAGGGUUCAGCGAAUUUAAAGCAUCAUGGGGUGAUGAUGGCAUGGUUGAAAGGUCGUGUAACUUUGAUGUCCUUGGGAAUGAAAGAGAAACAGUUGCUGCUCAUGUUUUGGCUGGUAUUUGUGGUUCCUUGUCAUCAGAGGCAAUGAGUUCAUGUAUCACGAGCUCUGUUGAUCGUGUGGAGGGCUAUCAGGAGUGGAAGUCCCAGAAAGUUGAUUCUGUACUUAGACGGCCAUUGACGCCCGAUGUUACACAGAAUGUUGAUGACGAGACUUGUUCUGAUGAGAGUUGUGGAGAAAUGGAUCCUACUGAUUGGACAGACGAGGAAAAAUCGAUCUUUGUUCAAGCAGUUUCAUCAUGUGGUAGGGAUUUUUCUAAGAUAUCACAAUGUGUUAGAACGCGUUCCCGGGAUCAGUGCAAGGUCUUCUUUAGUAAGGCUAGAAAGUGUCUUGGGCUUGAUCUUAUACAUCCUGGACUAGGAAGUGAAAGAACGUCUCUAGGUGAUGAUGCUAAUGGAAGUGGGAGUGGUUCUGAAAAUGCAUGUGCUCCAGAAACUGGCUCAGGUAUUUGCAGUGAUAAGUCAGGUUCUAAAAUGGACGAGGACUUGCCCUUGCCCACCAUGACGAUGAACCUUGAUGAAUCUGAUCCCAUUGAGACCUUGAACUCACCAAAUACAGUGAGUAGAUCUGAGGGAGAAAAUGAGAGGGAACUACUAGAUCAUAAACAAAAUGCCAGGACAUCAGAAUCUCAUGGAUCUGAUGCAUGUCAAACACAGGGUAGGCCCAAUGUAGUUUCUGAUGGCGAUAGCAAUAUCACAAAUGGUGUUGAUGAACAGUCAGAGACACUGCCUCUUCGGGAAAGUGAAUCGGUUUUGGUUACUAUGGACGCCGAAAUGAAAAAUGUAGCUCAACAGGGGACUUCUGUUGCAGAAUCUGUAUCUGUUUGUGAGGGAAAUGAUCCUGAAUCUCUUAAUGUUGGAUCUGUGGCUGGGAUAAAACCUGUGGCUGAAGUUUCCUCUGAUGGACCUGGAAAGAAAGUUGAGGAGGGGUUGAAUGAAAAAGGAAUUGCUAGUACGAGUGGGCAAAGUGGCUUAUCAAAUAUAGAUGGAAAUGUUUCCAACUUGGCUGCUGAUAGAAGUUCUAGUUCAGGUUUCAAUCUGAACCCUGACUUCCCGUAUCAAGUUUCUGUUGAGUUGAAUUCCAAGGACAAGUCUUGUGCCACCUCGUUGUUGCAGGAAACUUCUCUUGCUUCUGCAAAUUCCAUCUCUUUGGAUUCCCGUGCUAUUCCAUGUGAGAAAAAUGGAAAUGAAGGUAAAACACCAUCAACACUGGAUUUUCAGGAGAGCAAGGAUGUGUGUCAUAAAUCUGUUUCCACAGAUGAACCUCAUGGACAUCUAACAGGUCUCCCUUUAUCAAGCAAUUCUGAAUCCUCACACGUUCUCAGGGCCUAUUCAUUGCAAUUGCCAGUCAAGAAAGAGAUGAAUGGAGAGGUCAGGUGUAGAAAUCUCUCUGAAGUUCAAAACCUUCCGAAUUCAGAUGGGAGUAGCAGUAAUCAUUUCGUGUCACAAGGCUGUUAUCUUCAGAAGUGCAGCACUUUGAAACCUCCUUGUUCGGUGACUGAGUUUCCACUCAACAGUUUGUCCCAAACGAUGGAGCAAGCAAUUGAUCAUCCAAAAGCGCAUUCACGGAGUUCGUCGGAUUCAGAAAAGCCAAGCAGGAAUGGCGGUGAUGUGAAAUUGUUUGGUAAGAUACUCAGCAAUCCCUUGUCUGUACACAACCACUGUGAGAAUGAAGAAAACGAAGGGAGUCAUGAGCACAAUUCAAGCAACAAGCCAUCUAACACAAAGUUCAUUAACCUCCACAAUUUGGAUGGAAGUUCUGCCAUCCUGAAAUUUGAUCGAAAUAAUUAUUUGGGCCUUGAUAAUGUUCAAAUGAGGAGCUACACCUACUGGGAUGGGAACAGAUUACAAGCUGCAUUUCCGUCUCUGCCUGAUUCGGCAAUUUUGCUGGCCAAGUAUCCUGCUGCAUUCAGUAAUUUUCCUACAUCUUCCAAGAUGGAACAGCAGCAGCAAUUGCAGGCAGUUGCCAAGAGCAAUGAACGGAAUGUGAAUGGCGUAUCAGUUUUUCCCACCAGAGACAUAAGUAGCAGCAAUGGGAUGGUGGAUUAUCAGGUGUAUAGGAGCCGAGAUGCUCCUAUGGUGCAGCCAUUUACGGUAGAUGUGAAGCCACGGCAAGACAUGUUUUCUGAGAUGCAGAGACGGAACGGCAUUGAAGCACUGGCAAAUUUUCAGCAUCAAGGAAUGGGGAUGGUUGGAAUGAAUGUUGUUGGGAGGGGAGGAGGGAUAGUUGUUGGCAACGGGGCGUGCACAACGGGUGUUUCAGAUCCCGUUGCGGCACUUAAGUUGCACUUUGCAAAAACCGAUCAGUAUGGGGGGCAGAGUAGCAGCAUCAUCAGAGAGGACGAGUCUUGGAGAGGGAAGGGGGACAUAGGCAGGUAGUAGGAGAUAUGUGUUGUUGUCCUUAGUUGGUCUUCAGAAGGAGGCUGCCCUUUUGAGCGGCAAAUUUCUUUGAUUGCCGCACCCUGUAUUAUAUAGUUUUUGUAUUGUUCAAUGAAAUGAUAGGGCAAUAGAUGGGUUCUCUCAGGUUUGUCUUUUUUUGGUUAAAAAAUAUCUUACUCGUAGGUGCUUGUAAUAUUCCAGCAGCUUUUCUAUUUGUUGUAUUUGAUGCAAAAAGUUACAGAAAAUAAUCUGUGAAAGUCGGGGGAGGGUUUAUUUGGUUUGCGACCAUCUUGAUCGCCCUCUCUACCUUAACCUAACAAAAACAAA